AUUCAGUUCAACUUUGGCCGCGAAACGCGUCGCUUGUGAUUUUUGUGCGCAAUAAAAAUAGCCUCACUGUGUGUCAACGCGAGAAUCUCAUGUUAGACCUUAUUUAAAUUGCCGCAGUGUAGAUAAAAAAAAGGUUCGCUUGCGGGACGUGAAAGUCUCACAUGUUUUAAUACGCUAGUAAAUAGAGAUUAGUGAAGUAAAAGAGCGUAACAGCAACAACAGCAGUAGAACAACAACAUCAACAAGAGCACUGCAUAUUUUGUAGAUCAAGCAGCGGCAUCAGCACGAAAAUGGCCGACAACCUCGCUUCUCCCAUCAAAGCAUUUUAUACGGGCAAAAAUGUCUUCAUCACCGGCGCCACCGGAUUUGUGGGCGUUACCAUUGUUGAAAAGCUAUUGCGCGACAUACCCGAAAUUGGCACCAUCUAUCUGCUGAUGCGUCCCAAAAAAGGCAAGACGGUGGCACAACGUUUGGAAGACAUACGCAAGAAUUCCGUUUUCGACAAGUUCAAAGAGUUGAAAAUCGAUGAGAAGCGCUUCGAUAAGAUUGUGCCCAUUGAAGGUGAUGUGGGUCAAGAGCAUUUGGGCAUCUCCGAAACGGAACGUCAGGUGUUGAUCGACAAUGUGCAUGUAGUCUUUCACUCUGCAGCCACAUUGGAUUUCUUUCAAUCGCUCAAAGAGACCACAAAUAUUAAUUUAUUAGGCACACGACGUGUGGUGGAGUUGUGUAAGCAACUGUCCAAAUUGGAGGCUCUUGUACAUGUCUCCAGCGCUUAUGUAAACUCCUAUAUUACCGAAGUGGAGGAAAAACUAUAUCCAUCUCCAGAUGAUCCAGAGAAGGUCAUACACUUGGCUGAAACGCUAAGCGAUGAGGCGCUCAAAGAGUUAGAGCCCAAGUUGUUGAAAGAUCAUCCCAACACGUACACGUUCACCAAACACUUGGCCGAACACGAAGUGGCCAAUGUGGCCUCACGUUUUCCAUGCGGCAUUGUGCGACCAAGCAUGAUCACUGCCGCCUGGAAGCAGCCAACGCCCGGUUGGACAAUCUCGAAGAAUGGCCCACAAGGCUUCUUUAUGGGCGCUUCUCGUGGCAUUCUGCGUCGUUUACCUUUAGAUCCGACCAUUAUCAUGGAUUACAUACCUGUCGACGUGGUGGUGAAUGCAAUCAUCGCAACCGGUUACUAUGUAAAUGCGCUCAAAGUCAAAAACGCCGGCAAACCAGCUGAGCUACAAAUUUUCCAUCUCACUUCCAGCACGUACAAGCCAUUCCGUUUCGAGUUCUUGAUAAAUAAAAUUAAUGCAUUUCUCCAUGAAUAUCCGCUGGUGUCUGCUGUUUGGUAUCCAAAUCUCAAGUUGGUCAAGAGCUUAUUCCUCUUCCGUUUAGGCGCUAUACUGUUUCACUUUAUACCCGGUUUCUUCCUGGAUUUGGUCACCAAACUUAGCGGUGGCAGACCCAUUCUUAUACGCCUGCAUAAAAGUGUCUGGAAUUCGUUGAAUACUUUGGAGAAAUUUAUUUUCACUGAAUGGCAUUAUGACAGCAAACACACGUUGGCGCUUUCAAAGCAGUUGGAUCCACGUGAUCGUGAAACAUUUUUCAUUGACAUUGGCGAUUUAGCUUGGGAUGACUACUUCCUCAACACGAUUAUGGGCGUGCGUCAGUAUCUAAGCAAGGAAUCACCGAAAACAUUAUCAGCUGCCAGAAAGAAGGAUAAGAUUUUGCUGGCGUUACAUGUUGCCCUUCAAUUGGCUUUCUACUAUGGCAUCUGGAAGCUGGCUAUAUUUGCUUUUGGUCUCUCCAACGCCAAGGCUGCGCUUAUACUGCCAGUUGCCUACUUCCUUUUUGGACUUAUUUAAGAACAUCAUCACAAUAAAUACAUAAUCACAUAUAUUUUCUUUACUUGAAUCUUGUUUGGAUUCGCCGUGAAUUUUUUCUGUGUAAUUGCGUACACAAAUAUUUAUUUGAAUUACUGAUUUAAAGAAUCAUUUUUUAUUUUCUCUUAACUUCAAGGCUUGGUUUAUAUGCAGUACUUAUUGUCAAUAUACGUAUAAAUACUAAAUAAAGUGUUUUUGUAAUUAAAAAAUAAAGAAUA